CAUCAACAACGAUCAAAGGUUUGUCUGUUAAGUUGACCAUACCUAUGAUCUUUACAGUUUUAUUUUAUCUAUUAUCUAGCUAGUCUACGAGAAGAAAACGUCAACAUGUUGACACCGCGCCGUCCUAUGGCCUACCCUAAAUCCCACAACCCGUUUGCAGAUGAUGACGAUGAGACAGAUUUUAGGCCUAAAAGUCGGGGGUUCGAUGAUGACCCCAGUGACAGUGGGAUGAGUGAUGCAGAGAGGAGACAGAGGUACCUCCAGCAGGAAGUGAUGCGUACAGCUAAGUCUGCUGUGGACAGCAGUCACCGUUCCCUCGGCCUCAUCUAUGAAUCAGAGAAGAUGGGUGUGGAAACGGCAGAGGAGCUGAUGCGACAGGGUGAGGUUUUGAAGAGGGCUGACAAGAUGAUGGAUAACAUGGAUCAGGACCUGAAGACCAGUCAGAAGCACAUUAACAGUAUCAAGAGUGUGUGGGGUGGCCUUGUCAAUUACUUCAAGGCCAAGCCAGAGACAAAACCACCACCUGAGGAGCCAAAGGCCCGCCAGGCCAACGACAGAUUACAGAAUGCCAUGUCCAGCAGCAGAGAAUAUGAAGAUAAGUACCAAGCCAGCCACCCCAAUCUAAGAAAGUUGGAUACAGAAGGAUUUGGAGCUUCUGCAUCAAUAGGUGACAGCUCAUCUGGACAGAAUGGAUACACUGCGAACAGACACCUUAGGGAGGCUCACCAGACCCUCGACAACAAUUUAGAUGAGAUGUGCAGUGGCUUGAGUAGACUGAAGAACCUAGGCCUUGGUCUCCAGUCUGAAAUUGAAGACCAGGACGACUCCAUUGAUUCUCUGAUGAAUAAAGUGGACAAGAUGGAUCUAAAGAUCCACAACACGAACCAACAGAUUAAAAACCUCAAGUAAAACAAACAUUUGGACUCACCUUACAGAGACAAAAGACUGCAACAGGUCAUCCUCUCACUUUUCUCUCCAUCCUGUCUUCUGUUGUAUAAACUGUGUUCUUUUACUGCUGGUUUUAGACAUUUUUAUCUAUAUUAUUUUCUGCUUGUAUGGCUGAAAGGAAAUUUCCCUUCAUUUCUAUUUCGUAUUUGUUCAUAAAUACAUACUGCUAUUCAG